CGGCAACUUAUAUAAACAGCAGGCGCGCGCACGGUGACUCCCCACUUCGUGUCAGCGCCGCCGCUCAACGCAUCACACCAGAGCUCAGACCGGCUCUCUCAAGGCAGACAGACUCACCGUUCUGCAGCCCGGUGCCAUCCACCUUCCCCUCCUCACCUCCCCCUCGCGGCGGCGCCCUGCAAGCUAACGCCACCGGCCAUGGCUGCGCGGUCUGGCACGAUGCGCGCCGUGCAGUACGACAGAUACGGCGGCGGAGCACAGGGCCUCAAGCACGCGGAGGUGCCGAUCCCGUCGCCGAACAAGGGCGAGGUGCUCAUCAGGAUGGAGGCCACCAGCAUCAACCAAGUCGACUGGAAGUUCCAGAAGGGCGUCGCCCGGCCCGUCAUGCCCAGGAAGUUCCCCUUCAUCUCAGGUUUCGAUCUAGCCGGAGAAGUCGUGGAGGUGGGCGCUGGGGUCAGCGACUUCAAACCGGGGGACAAGGUCAUAGCCAUCAACUUCCCGAACGGCGGCGGGCUCGCCGAGUACGCCGUGGCGUCGGCCUCCCUGACGGUGCCAAGACCGCCGGAGGUGUCCGCGGCCCAAGGCGCCUGCCUCCCGAUCGCCGCGGUCACCGCGCUCCGCUCCCUGCAGAGAGCCGGGGUCAGCCUGGACCCUGACGGCACCGCGGCCGGCCGCAAGAACGUGCUGGUCACCGCGGCGUCCGGCGGCGUCGGCCACUUCGCCGUGCAGCUGGCCAGGCUGGGCGGGCACCGCGUCACGGCCACGUGCGGCGCGCGCAACCUCGGCCUCGUCGUGGACCAGCUGGGCGCCGACGAGGCGCUGGACUACGGGACCCCCGAGGGCGCCGGGCUGCGGAGCCCCUCCGGGAGGAAGUACGACGCGGUGGUGCACUGCGCGGCGGCGGCGGGGGUGCCGUGGUCCGCGUUCCGGCGGGUGCUCGCCGACGCGGGCACGGUCGUGGACAUCACGCCCGGGUUCGCGGCCGGCGCCACCGCGAUCCUCCAGAUGGUGACCUUCUCGAAGAAGAGGCUGGUGCCGCUGUUGGUGACGCCCAGAAAGGAUGAGAUGGAGCUGCUGGUGGGCAUGGUGAAGGAGGGGAGGCUCACGGCGGUGAUCGACUCCAGGUAUCCGUUGAGCAGGGCGCAGGAGGGCUGGGCCAGGAGCAUGAGCGGGCACGCCACCGGCAAGGUCGUCGUGGAAAUGGGAGGCGAGGAGUGAGAACGGUGCAGUAUGUAACAAAUAGUAGAGCUUGUGUGGUUCAGAAAUGGCCUAGAGGCACCAAAUAAAUUAUCAGUUAUCACAGCCUUACACUA